AUGUCAAUAAACGAUCUAGAUGCACUCAAGAAUAUAUUGUCAAAACUCGUGCCAACAAUAAGAGCGGCUUCUGCCUUGGCUGCUCAAGAUGUUAAUUUUUAUAAAUCAGUGGAUUCAAACUUAGGUGAGGAAAUAGAUCAAGGAGCUGACAGACUUCUAUCCAUAAGCAAUGAUUUGCUAAGAGCAACAUCCCUGAAUUCUAAUGAUGUGGAACAGAUCAAAUUUGGUAAAGAAAAUAUCACAAGUGAAGCUUCUUGGAAGCCAGUUGGAAAUAUUAUUGAUUCGAUUUUUGAAAAAAUAGAUUUUACAUUUGAUCAAUUAAAUAAAAGUUUGAACAAAAAUCAUGAAGAAACAAAACAAUAUCUAGAGGAUGGUGGAAAUGACCUGGUAUCUAAAGAAUUAAACCAUAUUAUAUCCAAACCACAACUAAAGUUCAAAGUUCCAGUAGAUAACUCCGAAGAAAAUCCAUUCAAACCUAAACUUUCAUCAAAACCUCAUGCAUUACAAUCUUGGGAUACUGUGAGUAAAAUUGUCAACCCUAAGCCAGUAUUUGAAGAAUCAAUAGAGUUGAUUGAUCCACCAUACUAUGCCCACCCUUAUGAAUACGAAAUAGAUAAUCAACCAUAUCCGAAUGAAGUGUUACAAAAAUCAGAACCUAUUCCACCAAAAGAUUGGUCUUCCACAGAGGCGAUUUGGGUUGGAACUAUUGAAGAAUUAAAUAAAAUGAUUGAUGAAUUACUACAACUGCAAGCAAUAGCUGUUGAUCUUGAACAUCAUGACUAUCGAUCUUAUUACGGUAUUGUAUGUUUAAUGCAAAUUUCAAAUAGGGAAAAAGAUUGGAUUAUCGACACCAUAGCAUUGAGAGACGAUCUUACUAGAUUAAAUGAGGUAUUUGCUAAUCCAGCAAUAAUAAAAGUCUUUCAUGGUGCAUUUAUGGAUAUAAUAUGGCUACAAAGGGAUUUAGGAUUAUACGUUGUCUCAUUAUUUGAUACUUAUCAUGCAUCAAGACAAUUAGGGUUUUCUAAAUUUUCCUUGCAAUACUUAUUAGACACAUUUGCACAUUUUAGAACAUCUAAAAAGUAUCAAUUAGCGGAUUGGAGAAUACGACCUUUACCAAAGGCAAUGAUGGCAUAUGCUAGAUCCGACACUCAUUUUUUGUUAUACAUAUUUGAUCAACUUCGUAAUAAAUUAAUAGAUGCCGAUAAGUUAAAGCAAGUGUUAUAUGAUUCAAGACAGGUUGCUAAGAGAAGAUUCGAGUACACGAAAUUUAGACCAUUUUCAAAUAAAUUUACAAAUAAUGUUUCAUGUCCAAUAAUGGCAUCAAAUCCAAAAGAACCCUGGGGUUCAAUCAUGUAUCAAUAUAAUGUACCAUUUUUCAAAAAGCCGAUAGUUGAGGUAUUGUACAACUGGAGGGAUGUAGUUGCGAGGCAAAAAGACGAAUCCGUACGAUUUAUUAUGCCAAAUCAACUUUUGGUAACUUUAGCUACAAUCGAAGGACCUGUUGAUGUGAACAAGAUUUUGAAUGCGCCUGCUUACGUUUCUGAAGCAGUUAGAUUAAAUGCUAAAGAAAUUGCAAAAUUAAUAAAUCAAACUUUAAAAGAAAGUGAACAAAACGAUUGGGCAAUAGUGGAUAAAUAUAACAAUCAAGUAUCUGAUCAAACCAAGACUCACUUAAUUGAUAUUGACUUGGUGAACGAUGCGUUUGAGUACUUAUUGAAUGAUGCGAAUACUUCAAUAGGCGACAAGACUUUAAUGAAAGUAAAUUCAGCUAUAUUACAACAUGGCACAUUACAACCUCAAGUCUGGACUUAUGAAUAUAAUGGAGACCAUGUGAAACAACAUGACUUUGGUAGUGUUAGUCAAGAGCGUUCGGUCAAAGCUUGGGAAAAACUUUGCUCAUUGAGGCAAACCACAAUCAUACCUGAGGAAGUACUAGAUUUGGAAGUGGAUACGGAAGAUCAAGAAAUUGAACCUGAAGUGGACGCAGCUAGUCUAGCUCAAAUAGAGGAAGACAAAAUAAAACCUAAGACUGGCCAACAAGUUUUAUUCAGCAAAGACAGGGACAUUAAUCCUGACGAAUUAAUAACGCUUCGAAAAAAUAACAAGAACAGGCACAAGAAGGAGUUGGAAACAGGAGAUGAAUCUACUAUUGACUAUGCCAAUGCGGAUAAGAUUUUGAUUGAACCAUCUAGAAAGCAAGAUAAAAAGAAAAAGAGAUCGUUCGAUCCUAAUGCUAAAGAAGGAGAUGGUCCAAGAGCAGCAAAGAGAAAGAAGAAUAAUACAGCUGGUAGAACUUCUACUUUUAAAUUAAAAUAUGGUAAAGGAAGUAAAAGAUAA